AUGGAGGAGGUUAAUAAAAAGAACGAGAUGGGAAAAGCGAUUAUCGGGAUGGUGUGUGGGACGUUGGUCUACUAUCACUGCGCCUAUCGGAACGCCAGUCUCCUCUCUUUGCUUUCCGAUGUUCUAAUCGUCCUCCUCUGCUCUCUCGCCAUUCUCGGUCUUCUUUUUCGCCAAAUGAACAUCUCAGUGCCCGUAGAUCCUCUGGAGUGGCAGAUCUCUCAGGACACAGCAAACAGCAUCGUUGCUUGGUUCGCUAAUACUAUUGGCGCUGCCGAGUCUGUUUUGAGGGUUGCUGCUACUGGCCAUGACAAGCGUCUUUUCUUCAAGGUUGUGAUUUCCCUUUAUGUUAUCUCUGCUUUGGGUCGUUUGAUCUCUGGUUUUACUGUUGCUUAUGCUGCGUUAUGCUUGUUCUGUUUUUACAUUCUUGCUGAGAACUCCAACUCACAAUCAAGCACCGGUUGUAUCUCUCGCUUUCUAAGGCGUGCAAAUGCUUCUGCAGAUUUAGAUUAGCAUCUUACUCUCUAAAUUUUCAUGUUCCAUCACUUGCAAUUGCUGUAAAUAACAUUCAUUAUACUCCUCUGUCAGUUUCUUAGAGAUUUCAUUUUAGAUAUUCUGUGAUUGCAAUGCCAAAUAAUAAUACUGACUAUCAGCUAUGCAUAAGCUUGGCUAGUCUAUUCAUUGUCAAA